GUGAAGAGGGGAGUUGAGAGAGCGGCGGCUGCUCCGGAAAGUCGUCUGCUGUCGGGGAUCGUCUUCUCCCACCCUCGAAAAUUCGUCUGCAUUCCUACACAGGGUCCGAGGCAACCCACCUGGCUGCAGGAUAGGGAAAAUGAGGUCCUGAUGAAAAAUCAUAUUGCUACAUUAUCCAGGAAGCUGAAGUGUCCUGCAAAAAGGAUACAGAAGGAUAUCUACUGCAAGAUACAAGAACCAUGUCUACAUUUAUUACAAAGUUGUCCUGAGUGUAAGAAAUAAGGCCAUACUGCAAUUAAUCACUUGAAGACUUUAGCUGAUAGCAAUAAAAAAAAGAUGGAAUUCAUACUUCAAUUCAUUAACAAUUAAAGUUAACCAAGCCCAAAGAUCUAAUAACCUGUAGUUUAUAAAAAUUCAAUGUUGCAUCUGCUGAAUGAUAAUUUCAAUUUUCAUUUAAACUAGAAAGCAAAUUUUUUUGGAGAAGAAAAUUAAAUUAUCAAUACAUCUAUGUGUUGUGUUGUAAUAGCUGUACAGUAGGAACUUAAUCAAGAAAUUCAUAAAUUAGAUAAGUGAACGCAACUAUUCUGCGCAAUUAAGAUAAUAGAUUAUAAAUUGAAAAUUUGUCUGUGUCAUCAAAUUUGUAUAUCUCCAUGGUACAACAAUUUUAUUGAAAUAUGAUUUAUCUUAGCUCUAAGUAGGAAAGAUAUAUGCAUGCAAAGCCUUUCAGAUAAGUGUUGUUUAUAUAAUUAGAUUCAAAAAUUUUAGCUACUGAUUGCUAAGUACAUUAAAAAAAAAUAUUUGAAUUUUUCCUUUACUGAAAUACAGAAUAGCAAAAUGACGGUCAUACCAGUAAUAAAUAUGGAUGCGGCGCAAGUAUGGAGGAGGGUUAAUGAUAAAUUAGAACACCCAGAAAGUCAAAGGAAGAUGGUUCUAGUUAUAGUGUGUGUAGCACUACUUUUGGACAAUAUGUUAUAUAUGGUAAUUGUACCAAUUAUUCCGGAUUACCUGCGGUACAUAGGGGCUUGGAAAACUCAUACAGAGCAAGGCGAAAUGGUUUGGGAUAACAGCUCAGCUCCUGUUGGUAGUAAUGACAGCUAUUGGAGAAGAGGAAAAUCCAGAAUCGUUUAUGAAGGAGAAGACAGUGCCGUUGGGAUGUUAUUCGCUUCGAAAGCCAUCGUUCAGUUAUUUGUAAAUCCGUUUUCGGGAACUGUUAUUGAUAAAAUUGGAUAUGACACACCUAUGAUGAUAGGUCUCACCAUCAUGUUCAUAUCAACCGCUAUGUUUGCUUGUGGACAGAGUUAUGGGAUUUUGUUUUUCGCACGAAGCUUGCAAGGAGUCGGCUCUGCGUUUGCUGAUACUGGAGGUCUGGCCAUGAUUGCUGAUCGAUUUACUGAAGAUGAGGCUCGUAGUAAAGCUAUAGGUAUUGCCCAAGCAUUCAUUUCCUUUGGUAGCCUUGUAGCACCACCAUUUGGUGGUUUCCUGUAUGAAUUUGCAGGGAAGGAAGUUCCAUUCAUUGUAUUAAGUAUGAUAUCGCUUAUGGAUGGUUUUGCUUUGCUAUUCGUCAUGCGACCUGUAAAAGAAGCCAUGAAAGAACAAGGAAUAGAACGACCGAAAGGAACUCCUAUAUAUAGAUUAUUCAUAGAUAAGUAUAUAUUUGUCUGUGCAGGAACAUUAGUUAUGGCGAAUGUGUCACUUGCAUUCUUGGAACCAACCAUUGCAUUGUGGAUGAAAAAUACAAUGGAAAAUAUUGAUGAAUCUCAGAUGGGUAUAAUAUGGCUACCUGCAUUUAUACCCCACGUAUUUGGUGUUUACACUACGGUGAAAUUGUGCAAAAAGUAUCCAAAGUACCAGUGGCUUUUAGCGGCAACAGGAUUGGCUCUGGAAGGAAUAAGCAGCAUAUUUGUUCCUUUCUCUACCAGCUAUUGGGUUUUAAUGAUUCCCUUAUCAGGAAUUUGUUUCGGUAUAGCCCAAGUAGAUACCUCCCUUUUACCUAUGCUUGGGCAUCUAGUAGAUACUCGCUACGUUUCUGUGUAUGGCUCUAUUUACGCCAUAGCAGACAUAUCAUAUUCUUUAGCAUAUGCAAUUGGCCCUAUUAUUGCUGGAGGAAUUGUAGACUCAUUGGGAUUCACUGGAUUGAAUAUGAUCAUUGCCAUUACAAAUCUGGCAUAUGUGCCCGCAAUAUUGAUGUUACGACAUGUAUAUGAUUACGAUACUUUUGAAAAUGAGCAAAUUGUCUUGGAUGAGGUACCAACAGCUCAGUACAAGACUUUCACAAUGGAUAACGGGAACGCUGUCAGUUUGAAUACCAAUGUGGCAGAAUCAGGUAACUUGGAACCUGAUUUAUUUCAGUCACAACAACAACAGCAGCAGCAACAGCAACUCUUCCAGGCCGAUCCGAGGUCCAGUCAGCAGCCAGUACAUGAUACCAAUCCCUUUCGCCAACCACAACCGAUGACGAAUUCAUCAGCCAAUAACCUUCAAGGCCAACAGUUUCAAAAUCAACAAGCCACACAAAAAAAGCAGAAAGGUAACAGAGGAUAUCGUUCCUCCACGGAUAUGGAAAAAAUGAUUAAUAGUUCUGAUGAAGAUUGACAUUAGAUAUAACGGGUUUAGAUCCAUUAUUUCAGCAAGUGAGAACCAGAAACUCAGGAUGAAGAACAUUAGGCCCAUUUUCCAAUUAAUCUGCAGAUUAGAUGAUAGAAUGUGUAAUCAGUAUUCUCUUAAUGCGCGAAUAUGUUCCAUCAGUGAUGCGUUCCACUUCUAGGAGGAUAUGUUCAAUCCAAGAUUCUGAUUCCCACGAAGUAUGGUAAAAAUUAGGAAUGUAAAAACUAUUAGGUAUUAAAUAAAUGUUUAAAAUGCUGUAAUUCAUUUUUCAAUUAUUUGCUGAUCGAGGUGGAGCUGAAUAAAACAAUCGUAAUUUUGUGAUAACAUGUAAUAGCAAUAAACAAGAACGUACAACUGAUUUUUUUUUGAAAAAUGUUGUUAAUCAUAACUGUACUCAGACAGAAGAUAAUAGAAAUGAUUAAAAAUGUUACUGAAGAUGUAUUUGAUAGUUUACAUAAUGCUUGAACAAAAUUUCAAUGAUUUGAAGAGAGAAUUGUUCUGCUUGCUUAUGAAGAAAAAUUAGUCAGGCUAUUGCCUAUAUAGGGCUGUGACCACACUUCAUAAAAUCGCCGUUUGUCUUCUUUACAAAAUGAGUCCACCGAGGAAUGCUACAUACAACCAGGAAACCAUCGAGUGAUUUUACGAUUUGUGGACUCCUACUAAAAUUUUUCUUUCGGCGUUGCAUAUAGACACAAAUUCAAGCAAAUUAUCAGAAGGAAUUCUUCACAUUAGAAGGAAUUUCUUUUUAAUAAGUAAUUUCUAUGCUAUUUGGAUACCUGUAUUUUAAAUAAUUUUGAACUUUAAACUUUUUACUAUGAAAAAAUUACCUGAUAAGUUAACAUAUUGACUGUCAAAUUUAUUUGAAGAAAUCUAACAACCACGAGUCAUCUUAUUUCACAUAGAGAUCAGAGCAUGUUGAAUAUAGUGUGUAAUCCAGACCUCAGUAAUUGAUAUCUACAUCAAAAUAGAGAAGUUCUGAUAAAGUCAGUAGUCUCACGAUGACUAAGUCAGUCACAAGCUGGGCUUACGUCCUUAAGACUGCACAAGACAUGAUUUAAGACAGUUAGUACUUGAAAAAUUUAUUGAAGUGGGAGUUUUCCAAAAUAAUUUUUUUUGUAUAAAUAGUUCGGCAAUAUUUGAAAAUACGUUCUGUUUUGCUUAUGUACUAAUACAGUUGCUAACAAGCAAUAAAAAGUAAAUUGAAGUUCGUGCAUUAGAAAGUGAUGUUAUGGAGUUAAUGUACAUCCUUGUUCAGCAAGUCAGCUCGGUUAAGAUGAAAAAUAGAACUUAAAACUCAAUUGUUAGCUCAUUUCAAAUUUACACGUGAUAUCUAUUGUGCGCUCGUGAAUCAGCCAUUUGUGAAACUGCUGUUCAACUUCUAUCAAUGUUCUAACAUUUUUGUUCUAUUCCAAUGUAUUUUACUCACGAUUGUGAUUUAUGGCUUCUCUCUUUGGAACUUGUGCUAGUAAAUGUAUAUCACAAGAAAUAAAAGCACCUCUUACGAGAAAAAUAGCAGAAAUGUCUAACCGUAGCAACUUAAGUCACUUUCUUGAGAAUAUAAUUUUAGGCAAAGCUACAAAACAUGUUAAAAAACAGGCAAAGAAUUUUUAAUUCGUAAAAUUCAACAGAAGAUUUUUUUAUUUCUACUAUUUAUUACAUAACUUUUUUAGAACAAUUGAGUUAUUAAUAUUAUGAUUUUAUUCUAUUCUAUCUUGUGAUUGAAGAUGAUAAUUUUUGUGCAUAUAUAUUUUACAUUGAACUCUACGCUUCAUGUUUUAAUAAAUGAUAAAAAAAGAUGGCUUCACAAGGUGUAUUCUUAAAUACAUUUUCUUAAAUAAUAACUCUGAAUGCUUCCAAGCUCUUAAAAUUAUUGCAUUUAUUAUUUUUCUUAAUACAUAUUUCUAUUCAC